AAAAUGGUAAACAUUGUCAUGUCAAUACAAUAACACUUGCCUUUUCGUACUUUUACAUCCAAUAUCUCACGUUUACCGUUUUUCUUUAUACGUGAGUAAUACUGACCGUUGAACUACUGUUAAAUGAUGCCGUCGAAGAAAAAGAAGAAGACCAAAAGUAAUAACCAAGAGAAGAAAGCAAUGAGUGUCACGGAUGUUUCAAAAGAUUGCUCGAUAGUAUCUUUUAAUAAAUAUUUUACGCAUGAAGAAAUUCUUACCAUAAGAAAUACUUUGAAAGUUAAAGAUUUGUCUGGAAUUCCACCAAUGAUUGGCCCAGCGAUUUUAAACAAAGUCGAUUUGAUUGGAAGUAUUUUAAGCGAUGGACAUAAAAUUAACUGUACCGAUCAAAAUAAUAUAUCACCACUUACAUGGGCAAUCAAAUGUAAAAAUUUGGAAUGUAUCGAAGCUUUAUUAGUAAACGGAGCCGAUGCUACAACGAAAGCUUCAAACGGCGAUCACGUCCUUUUCGUAGCCCUCGAUAACAAGAUCUGGGACGAACAAUCUUUUAUUUUCUUAUGGAAUAAUAUCAACAACACGACUAUUGUUGAUAGCAACAUUAUAAACAGAAAUGGAAACAGUAUGCUUCACAUGGCUGUACGAAGAGAAUGGACAUUAUUUAUUAACAUUUUAAUCGAAAGAGGGGCUAACGUCGAUAUUAUUAACGUUACGAGAAUAACGCCAUUAAUGUUAGCCAGUUUUAGAAAUAAUAUUGAAAUCAUUGAAAAAUUGAUUUCCUCGGGAGCUAAUGUAUCGCUAGAAGAUAAAAAUGGAUUUAUUGCUUUGUGUUAUGCUUUAUCUUCUUCUAUUACAAAACAAUUACAAAUUCCAAAUUUGGUUGUGGAAAAAUUAUUAAGCGAGUUAUAUAAAUACGCAUUUUCAUUAGAAGAAUAUCUUGAAAAAAGAUUAAUGAUGAUAAUAAAUUCCCCAAAUACAACUCAAUGCAGUGGACAGACUAUUUCAGGUAUAUUAUUGCACAUUUUUACGUAUGUAGCAAGAUAUUCUGGUGAAGGAAUGAGAAUUCUUUUGGAUUUAAACGUUUUCCAAAAAAUCAGGAUGGCUGCUCAAAAAUACAUUGACGUACCAGAUAGAUUGAAAAUAAUUCUUUCAAUCCUUCUGGAACUCCUACAACAUCCAGAAUGUUGUCAAAAUCCCGUUGUAGAUGAACUAACUUUGUCUGACAUUUUUGAAAGGAGUGAUUAUGCUGAUGUUGCUUUAGAAAUAAUGAAAAAGUACGAAAAUGAUAAAACUUGUUCUUGGAUUGUUCCUUUGUGCUUUCGUUCUAUUAUGCAAGCAUGUUUGGUCAAAGGGCGUUGUCAAGAAUGGUUACAAAACAAUUACGAGGAUUUACAACCAUAUUAUGAGCAAAUAAGAAUUAUUUCAAUUCAAAACAAAACUACAGAUGAACGAACAUAUAACAAAAUGAAAAAAUUCGAAGUUCUCAUGAACUUACUUAUAAGCGGUGAAACGAUUUGCAAAAAAAUCAUUUACGGAAGAAAUAUCUUACAAGAAACCGAAAAAAACGAUGAUGAAUCAAAAAUGUUUUUAAAAAAGACUAAAAGACGCACAAAAGCUUUAAAAGCUAAAAUCGACAAAGUUAAAACUGCUGAGUUAAGAGAGCGAUUAACUUCAAAUAGAAAAUAUAUGGAACAAUUGCAAGAUAAUCAAAUAACCCAAGACUUUUCAUGGAUUGAUGACUCCCAACAAGAUUUUAACUUAGAAGAAUCCCUCCGUGACUUUGAAAUGAAUCAAUGCGAUAUCGUUAAUUCGCUUAAAAAAAAUUUAUUGGUCGGGAUCGAAGCUGAAAUUUUAUGUGAAAAAGCCAAAGAGUCGAUGACGCUUUCCUCCGAAGAUUGGAAAAGUCACAUUUUGAAUUUACCAUUUUCUUCCCGUGCAAAUUCCGCGUAUAAUCCUGAUUACCUAAAAGAUCCUACCUAUUUAAAACCAGACGAUUUUAUAAUUUUUUCCAGCGAAAAUAAAUCUUGGCCAGGAAAUACUUUAAACGACGCAAUCUACCCCAGUUUAAAAUAUUUAGAAAUACUUUUAAUGAAAAUUAUAAAUCGGUACCAAAAACAUUGGAUCAUUGAUAACCAAUUAGAAAAAGAAGCGGAUAAAAAUUUUUGCCCUAGAGAAGGAUUUUUAAGCUCCGACGAAUGUUUAGAACAAGGAACGAUACUUCAAAAAUUAGAACAAGAAAAAAUCGAUGCUUUACGAAAAGAAUUCGACGGAUUAAUACUAUACAUUAAACAAGUAGCGGCAAAAGAUAUUAAACAAUGCAAAAUCCUCAUCAAAAACGUAGAAUACGUUCUGCUUAGUCACGAAAUUCGUGGCACAACAAUAAUAUCGGAAGUUUGUCCGAUGGAAACGGUUUUUGUUAACAUUAAUCUUCCAGAAAACAUUGAUCUUCCUUGUCCCGAUUCGACAGAAAACGCCAUCGUAAAAUACAUGGAAGAUGUUUUAAACAACCGACGCGAACCGCUCGACAAAAUUCGCAUCAACGUCUUAGACCAACAACUCAAAUUCCUCACAAAAAAUUAUUUAUCAGACGACAUUUUAUUCAUGAAGGAAGUGAUUACGUUGCCUAAAUCAAAACCGAGUGAAUCAAAAAUCAAUAUCGAAGCUCAAAAGAAAACGUUGAAGAACGCUUAUCACAUGCAACAAUCGAUUUUGAAUGUUUGCGAUGAAAGCGAUGACGAAAUGGGGCGAUUCAAAGAAAUCGAUUUCAAUUACGAUCGGAUUUCAAAAACAAUGAUGUUUUUCAAUAAAAACGCUUUUUCGGUUCGUUCCGAUCUGAUUUUUAACGAUACUUUUGUCGAUCCAUUAAGAAAACCAGAAAACGAAGGCGAAACCAGCCGAUGGUGUACUUUAGUAAGAAGUUUAGAAAUGAUGGAAGAUUGCCAAAUAUUUUUAGACGGCAAAGUUCGAAUUAGUUGCAAAGAAAAACGGCAAUCUCACGUGAUUUCCACCGGAGGAAACUUCACUCCCGUCGAAUUAGGUUUAGAUUCUUGCGACCGACCAUUAGCGGUUAAAAGAAUACCGAAAGGAAGUUGCGUUUGUGAAAUGAUCAGGACAAUGUUAGUGGAUCUACUCGAUUUAAGACACAAAAAUUUACUGCAUUAUUUCGCGUGCGAUUACGAUACGAACGAAUUAAUCAUAGCGACUCCUCUUUGCGAAUACAACGUUGGACAGUAUUUAAUGCUGAUGAAACAAAAUCAGACUAAUUUAAGUGCUUUGGAUGUUGUUAAAGAAUUUUUAACCGGACUGUUAUUUUUGCAUAAUCGAGUUUAUCCUAUUGUACAUGGAAAUCUAAAACCUUCCAAUAUUUUUGUUGAUAUGAAUGGUGUCGUUAAAAUUGCUGAAUUUGGAAUACAUAGGGCUUUAUUUAAAUUUAAAGAAGCACCAAAUUCUUCAAUAAUUUGGUUUGCUACAGAGACUUACAGAACGUUUAAGCAACUUUCAACAAUGGAAUGUACCUCUGCUUCUGAUAUUCAAGUUGCUGGAAUGUUAAUUCACUUUUUAAUGACCGCGGGAAAGCAUCCUUACGGCGAUGAUAUGCGAGUAAUUCUCAAAAAUUUGGAUAAAGCAGUUCCUCAAUUAUCAGCAAAAAAUUUAGAACUUUCAGAUUUGAUAACGUGGAUGUUGUUGUAUGAACCAGUCGAAAGACCAACGAUUCAACAAGUCGUCACUCAUGUAUAUUUUUGGUCUCCUGAAAGAAAAUGGAGAUUUAUUUUGACAUGCGCCGGUUUAGGAACUCGGCCCAGUCAACCAGCACUUAAACUCGAAGAUCUUCACCUUUGCCUGGAUAGAGUAGCUUAUAAAGAUAAUAUAAAAGGUAAAUGGGUGCAAGUUGUUAAAAAACAAUUUCCGAAGAUUUCGUUUUCAUUCAACGAUGACACACCGACCGGUUUAUUGAAAUUUAUCAGGAACUGUAUGGAAAGUAAGGAUCCUUUGUGUUUUCACACCGAUUUAAACCUCUCCAGUUACAUAUUAACCGCAUUCCCGGCGUUCGCUCUGUCUUUGUACCGAAUGCUCGAGAAUUCCAUGUGGGUGAAACACUCAAUGUUCACCAGUUUUUACUCGUUGGAUAACAUUUUUACUUGAAUUUAAGAAUUAAAUUGAUCAAGUAUAAGAAUUUUCGAAGUUCGAAACUAAUUUGAAAGUUUUUAAUGAUAAAAGGUCAAUUGGAGAUUUUAUUUUUAUUUUAUACAAUACUUUUUUAUAUUUAUUUUUGAUGCGAUAAAAAAAAAUUAUGCACUUUUCAUGUAACUUAAUUGUAAUAUUAAUGAAAAUAUGUUUUAAACAGUUUUUACAAUUA